CUGCUCCGCUGAGGGGGGAAAGAAGGAGCUGGAGACAGAUUGUGGGAGCGAACGCGGGCGGGCGGGAGGCGACGGAGCUACCAGCGGCUCCGCUCUGCUAUAUGAAAUAUGGGAGACGACAGACCGUUUGUGUGCAAUGCCCCGGGCUGUGGACAGAGAUUUACAAACGAGGACCACCUGGCGGUUCAUAAACACAAGCAUGAGAUGACAUUGAAAUUUGGCCCAGCCCGAACUGACUCAGUCAUCAUUGCAGAUCAAACUCCUACACCGACUAGAUUCCUGAAGAAUUGUGAGGAGGUGGGGCUCUUCAAUGAAUUAGCUAGCUCCUUUGAACAUGAAUUCAAGAAAGCUGCAGAUGAGGAUGAAAAAAAGGCUGCUGGUGGGCCCCUUGACAUGUCCUUGCCUUCCACACCAGACAUCAAAAUCAAAGAAGAAGAGCCAGUGGAGGUAGACUCAUCGCCACCUGAUAGCCCUGCUUCCAGUCCCUGCUCCCCACCACUCAAGGAAAAGGAGGUGGCCCCAAAGCCUGUUGUGAUCUCUACCCCCACACCUACCAUCGUGCGCCCUGGCUCCUUGCCUCUCCACUUGGGCUAUGAUCCACUUCACCCAACCCUUCCCUCCCCAACUUCUGUCAUCACACAGGCUCCACCAUCCAACAGGCAACUGGGGUCUCCCACUGGCUCCCUCCCUCUCGUCAUGCAUCUUGCUAAUGGACAGACCAUGCCUGUGCUGCCAGGGCCUCCGGUACAGAUGCCUUCUGUCAUAUCGCUGGCCAGACCUGUGUCUAUGGUGCCCAACAUUCCUGGUAUCCCUGGCCCACCAGUGAACAGCGGCGGUUCCAUUUCUCCCUCUGGCCACCCUAUGCCAUCAGAAGCCAAAAUGAGAUUAAAAGCCACGCUAACCCACCAAGUCUCCUCAAUCAAUGGUGGAUGUGGAAUGGUGGUAGGUACUGCCAGCACCAUGGUGACGGCCCGUCCUGAGCAGAGCCAGAUCCUCAUCCAACACCCUGAUGCCCCAUCCCCUGCCCAGCCACAGGUCUCACCAGCCCAGCCCACUCCUAGCACCGGAGGGCGUCGGCGACGCACAGUGGAUGAAGAUCCUGAUGAGCGGCGGCAGCGUUUUCUGGAACGCAACAGGGCUGCCGCCUCCCGCUGCCGUCAAAAGCGGAAGCUCUGGGUGUCCUCCCUAGAGAAGAAGGCAGAGGAACUCACUUCUCAGAACAUUCAGCUGAGUAAUGAAGUCACGUUGCUACGCAAUGAGGUGGCUCAGUUGAAACAGCUACUGUUAGCUCACAAAGACUGCCCAGUCACUGCACUACAGAAAAAGACCCAAGGCUAUUUAGAAAGCCCCAAGGAAAGCUCAGAGCCCACGGGUUCUCCAGCCCCUGUGAUUCAACACAGCUCGGCAACAGCUCCCAGCAACGGCCUCAGUGUUCGCUCUGCAGCCGAAGCUGUGGCCACCUCAGUCCUCACUCAGAUGGCCAGCCAAAGGACAGAACUGAGCAUGCCGAUACAGUCGCAUGUGAUCAUGACCCCACAGUCCCAGUCUGCGGGCAGAUGAUGCCUCCCCUGGUGGAGAGGUCCCCAGCCAGAGCUCGCCCGCCCGAGAGCCAAGAGAGAUGUCAUCUUACCCCUUCCAUCUGCCUUGGACGUGGCAGUAUUGGGGGAAGAUUGUGUGUUGUGAGUAACGGACAGAAGUGGGGCUUUUCUCUUCAGCCACAUGGUCAUGUACAUUGACACCUGUACUAAGAGCCUCCCAGCCCCGGAGCCACAUAGAUCAUCCCCAAAGGGGGCAGUUUCUGAUGUACCCACAGCCAAAGGCCUUUCUAGAUGGUCCGAACAAUCACCCCUGCCUGUGCAUGUAUACCUGUCUCUUAACACUAACCCUUGCACUUCUAGGUUUUGGGCUUCUCAGUUCCCUCUCUUCCCGUGAAGCCAUGGCUGUUAGCUUCCUGUUCUUAGCAGCACGCCACUUCCUGCUAGGUAAAGGGAGGCUAAUGUUGAUGGCAGGUCACCCGAGGGCCCGCCUCAGCCACCCCAUAGGCUCAGGACUUUGUCUCCCUUUAGCUGCUUAUCUUAUCCCCUUUCCCCUUCCUGAAGUCUAGUUAAAACAUUCACUUAUGGCGAAUGUGAAGUUACCUUUGAUACAUGAAUUAGCAGUAUUUUCCAGCUCCUCCAUAAACUUUAGUCCUUCUCCCUACCUGCCACCAGAAAAACCUCAAAAACAAAAACAAGCAAAAAGAAAGAAAGAAACCCCAAGAAUUCUAGUCCUUUUUCAACUAUUUCCAGAGCUAUUUGGGUAUCUCACUUUGUGUCUUGAGUUUUCCCAGUCUCCAGGAGGGGCCUUUUCCGCCUCCCACUAAGUCUUGGCAAGAACAACUUGUGUGGCCUUAUUAGCUCUUGCUUGUUAGUGAAAAGGGAAAGCACCCCGAGUGUGACUGGCUGAUUCCUGCCUCCCCAGCCCGCCCUCCUGCAGCUGUCGUUAGGGCAGGCAGGAACUGCAUAGUUGAAAGCUCGUUCUGUCAGGUUACUGAACUGAUUCUUUAUGUUUUACAAGAGUUUACUGGCCAAAGCACACAUGUUCCAUUUGGUCGUCCGUCACUCCUGUCUCUCCCUCUCUGUCCCCUUGUCUGUGUCCUGCCUCUGUCUUCCUUCUUCAGAUGCAGCCUUCCGAAGCUGCUGUGUAGGGCACGCUCACACUCCCUUGCUCUUCUCCCAGCCUCACGUGUCUGUCUGCUUUUCUGGGCUAGAGUCUUCUGUUCACAAGCGCCCCUCACCCUGGAUUCCCCCCUUCUGUCUUACACCAGGCUCCUAGGCUAGCCUCUGGUCCCCUCUGCUCUGCAGCAUGUCUUCAGCCCUUCCCUGCUCUCUGCCCCCUUGAUGCAACGCGUCCCCAAAGGCCCAGCCUCAGGACUCUGAGACAUCAGAGCCAGGGUCCUAAGUGGAUUUUCUCGAGGGUCAGGUAGGAUGGGGAGGGGCAAGAGAGAGGAGGUGCAGUACUGAUCUCAGCAGAACAGCCCUGCUUGGGGAAGGUCUGGCCUGCCUGGGAAAUUGGUGACUAUUGCUCUCAGCCAUUCUUACUUUGAGGAGUUCGGUUGCAGGGGGAGAAAUUCAUCCCUCGUGUCCCUCUUUCUUCCCCAUGAAGACUUCUGAUCUUCCUUUGGCUCUGAAUAUGCAAUUUCUACCAGGGCCACAGGAAGUGAUACAAAGCCAGAGGCCUGUGGAUAGAUAGGUCAGCUUUAAUAGCCUGUCAGUAUGAAUCCCUUCCAACUGUCCCAGAGCCACCUUCUGCCAUCUGCCCAAGCCAAGAAUGCCCUUUUCUCCCUCUCUCCUGCCUCCAUCUUAAACAUACAUACAAAAUAACUGCCAGCUUCCUUCCUUAGUUUGUCUUCCAGAAUUGGCUGUCAUGGGGGAAUCAGGACAUCUAAGCUAAGAGAGUCCCAUCUUCUCGGAGUGCUAUACCGGUGAGCCAGUCAGGUGAUGUGUUCCACUGCAUUUGUUUUCUGUCCCCCCUCCCCCCCCGCCCCCCCAGAGCCAGUGCUGAACAAGACACACCUGGUUAAGAGAAUGGAGAGAAAACAUGGUUUUCUCAUCCUCUGCCACCCGAGACCGAACAGGAACAGCCCCUGAGGUGACUCAGACUAGCAAAUGGCCCAGCAGAUGGUCGGGAUGCAAGUCCCCACCUCCAGGGACCGCACUUGCCUUUAACAGUUCACAGCCGUAACUUGUACUCAGGACUUUUCCUUUUGACGGCUGCUCCCUGGGACUUUCUUCCACUUUAGUUGUGUCUCAUUUUUUAUCAUCUUGAUUUCCCACCAGCAGCCUUGCCCUAAAGCUUGACUGAGUUUAUGGCUCCUAAGGAGCCUUCAUAAGACCCUGGACUGUUUUUCUUCCCCUUUAUUCUAGUGUUUUUCAAGUUAAGAAUCCGUUUGUCACUGCACACGUGCCUUGCCUCACUGCUUGGCCUUGGAGGAAGUUCAAGUCGUACCCAUCUGUGCCCGUGUAGGACAACUCAUUUAUUUAGAGGGUCUCAUGUAGUUUCUCAGUCCCCGUGUCUCCCCCCUCUCGAGCUCUUACCUCAUUGUCAUCAGUGGGAAGUUAUUACUGGGGCCUAACUGAGGGGAUUGCCAGAAGCUUACUAGUGAAGCAGUAGGAAGGAACAGGACAUAACCCCCCAGAUAGCUCUUUAGCUGGUCCUUGGCCUCACUGAGAAAGCAGGGCAGUUGGUUAUCCUAAGGCUGUCUCAUAGUUAAGGGGGAUGUUACUUAUACUUAUUUGUUAUUGCUGCCAUCCGUGUGGCCACUCUCCCUUGCCCUUUGCUUUCCAGACUUAUCUGGACCAGAACCAAGCAUCGUGGAGGGCGUCGCUUCUCCCUUCUUAAUGAUCAUGGCCUUUCUAGGGGCCCAGGGGAAGAUACUUUGUGAAAGGAGCUGGGAGUGUGGAUGCCUUGGGACGCUCCCACCUCACUGCAGAGACACAGAUGAUAGAUAACCAAGGCCAAAGAGAAAGGUGCCAGACCAGGGGUUCUGGUCUGCAGACUUUUGCCCUGUUCCUUUAAAAGAAAGCUUGCUCAGAGUUGAAAAGUCAGAGAAAACUUCCCUCACUGUUAGAGAGGGGAAAAGUAGGCUCUCCUUUACUUGCUCUUUCCCUGUUGGUUGUACACCCCAAAUCUGGCUUUCUUCAUCCUCCACUCCUCUCCGUGACCCUAAGCACUAGACCCUCUACUCUAGGUAGUGGUAAAUAGGAGACGACCUAACCUCACUCACCUUGCCGCCCGCCCUCCCCCCACCCCAUGCCUGUUCUGCCAUUCUUAGCUCCUUUCCUAAUUUGCUGCCCUCCAGCACUACCCAUCCUGGUUAACAGGGUACUUAACCAUAACCAUGCCCUGUCUACAGCCUGAACCGCCAAGCAGACACCAAAAAACUCCUCUGGUUUCUAAGGCUCCCCUGCUCCACACUGAGAGGCUCCUUUAAAGGUGCUAGCCCCGAGACAGCCCCCUUCCCCUGCGAGUCACCCCCCUUUCUUUCAUGACUUCCUUGCCAUCCCCCAAUCAUUAUUUUUCAUGAAUAUUGUACAUUGUAUACACAGGAAGGAAAUGUAUUCUUUUUUUUUUAUUCCAUAACCAGUCCGAUUAGAAUCCAGUCUUCCUAGUUAUAUCACCUAUGCCUUUGUUGAUACGCUCUUUCUGCUUUCUUUAGACUUUUGUUUGACAGGGGUGGAGGGGGGAAUGGGACAGGACCCCAAGGCAGAUUAGAGGAUCCCCCAUCCUACUUCAGACCCCCACAACCCUAGUCAUCCCUCUCACAGUAUAAAACUGAUUUCCCUCUGUGUUUGCAUACAUGCAUGUACACACAGACAUAAAUCCCCACCCCCUCACCCCAGAGUGAACAGGAAUAAGCGUAGGUGGCUACUGGCCACUGUUCCCACCCUGUUACCAGUUCAUGCGUCUCUCUUUGGGGUAAAGUCCUACCCCCAGAAUGAGAAAAGGCUGGGGAGAGUAAGGCAGGUUAAGACAGCUGUGUCCUUUGUAGACGCAGGUUUGUAUUGUAGCUGCUAGGGUUUAUCUUAUUUUUGUAAUGGGGUGGGGUGCUGGUAGCACAGAGCUCCCAUCAGCAUUCGCUACCGGUGAGUGAUGUUUUAGCUGUAAGAAAUGGCUAUGAGCACUAGUUUCACUGACCUUCCCUUAGGGCGGUGGUUCUCAGGAUGUGGUCCAGGCCCAGUAGCAGCAGCAGCACCAGUAUCUGAGAGCUUGGUAGAAAUACACAUUUGGGCCCCACCACAGACCUCUUGAAUCGGAAACUGAAUCAGGCUGGGCUCUAACAAGCACUCCACGUGAUUCUGACGCACACUAAAGUGUGAGAACCAUUGCCUUAGGGGCAAGCUGGGAAAUCCUGUAGGGUGCCAGGGAUACUUUAAGUACCAUCCUCUGCCUUAGCACUAACACAUUUUUCCACUUCCUCCAGUCCCUCCCUCCACCCCCAUUAAAACAACAACCGCGUCGUUCAUCUCAGAAUCUAGGCUUGAGUUCCUUCUACUUCUUCCUAAAACCUGUUCUGACUUGGUCCUGACAGGAAUUGUCCCAUAUUCCCUUGCAGACUGGUCACUCCACGUUCUUUGUUACAGGAAGGAUGGGCUGGAGCUUGAGCUGUCCUGUACACACACACACACACACACACACACGCGCGCGCGCACGCACCUUUCCGGCAGGGAGAGGAGCCUCCAGCCCCAACCGUGGAGGCUGCAGCCUCCUGACAUGGUAUCUGUUGAAAGAAAGCAGUGUGUAUCUAUGGCUAUAUCUCUGUUCAUCUGUAUAUCUUUGACGUGUAGCAGCACCUCUCCAUCCCGUCAAGGAACUGUACUCUGGGUCUGGGUCUCUCCAGUCCCCAGCGAUGGGCUUUGACAGGUGAGAGGAUGCAGUGCUACGGGCUGUUCUGUUACAAAACCGUCUCCUCCCUUUCCCUGCCACCCACUCGGCAUGAUCCCUGUGAGCAGGCUCUCACUAUCUCCCAGGACGGGGCUGAGACAGAGGCUUCGCUCUGUUCUCCCUAACCGUGCCUUCUUCCAUCCCCCCCUUACCACCCAGCAGUUCUGCCCCUGGCCAUGCCUUCUCCUGCUCCCCCUUGCCCUGACAUAUAUUGUGCCUUAUUUAUGCUGCAAAUAUAACAUUAAACUAUCAAAGAGAACCACUGUUAUGUCUAA